AUAACAUUCAAUACAGCAUUUAUCUCGGGGCAUAAAGUAUUAGGAAUCUACCGACCGGAACCAAAAAGAUUGUUAAAAGCGACUAACCUGGGAUUACUUUCGAUUCGAUGUGUGUUGUACAAACUGUCUUUUAAAGUUCGUAGCAGCUGCACGAACCAUGUAAGAGCCGGCCAGAAAGCACGGCUCUUUCGUCGGCCUCUGUCGUGCGGCUGAGCCCCGCCUAUACGCUCCUGGCAAAUUUUCUUCACGUGGAUUCAAGAGCUCGGUUUACCCACUUGAACUCCUUUUUACUCUUCUUUUUUUCCCGGAUUUAUCACAACUAGCUUCGUACUUAGUUGCAGCUGCAUGAAGAAAUAGGCUGUCUGCGUUAAUCACUAAUCGAGUAGGCUAUUCUAUAGAGGCGUUGCACGACAGCCAGAUGUAUGCUGGUAACUCAGCUGUCGUUAAUGAAGAGUAUAUCAAGAGCUGGUCAAACAACAGUUGAAGUGCCUACACGGAGAGUGAAAAGCUUUUAUUUUAAGCGAGAAACCCUGAAAACAUGUACAAGUUGUAAAUUAACAUUCCGAUUGCUGUAAUAUCUCGACAAUAGUGACAAACGUUGGAAAAAAGUGGCAUUUUGGCUGUGUGCUUAAUUCAUUCUUACCGUUACUGCUUCCGCCGAACAUCAUAGCAUUUAACAACAUCAGUUGCAUUACAGUUUUACAAUAGCAUAAACGUGAUCUUGUGUGCUAUUAUUACAGAAGUUGAGGGAUAAGACUAACGUUUCUAUAUUUUUGGUCAGUCAUUUGAACAUGUUAAAAUGACUAAGUAUCCAGACUUGCUCUGAUAGGUAUAACACUAUGUUGUGGUGCUGAUAUAUUAUCAUUCCCAUGUGGUUUGUCAUAAAUUACAAGUUUAUUGCCUAAUUAGCACAUGUUUAGUCAAUGUACUGCUGGAUUAAUUGGCCGUAAAUCCCGUCCAAAUACAAGGCGGCAACCAGGCCAUUAUCGCCACCGGCCUGCUUUUCGUCACAAGGACCGGACUUCCCCCGCAUCCCUCUCUCCGCCUUCUUCAACUCAUUUGACAGAGACGAGGGACUGUGAGGGAUGUAUGUCACUACCUACCACCCCUCUUCAAAAUGGAAAGUUCAGCUAUGGAUCUUUAACGUCACCGGAUUCUGGUUUCCUUCCUUCUCCGGAUUCUGACAGAAAAGCUAUACAAGGAGAAAUUAAAAUAUCCACAGAAAAUGGAGAAACGAGAACAGUACACAGCACACCAGACUGGGGAGAGACUGCAAUAAAUGGAGAUCACCUCUGGGUCGCCACUAGUGCCUCCGGGGAUCUGUGCUACGUUGGAGAAAACGAUUGCUCAAAACAAGGCCCUCGCAUGAAAUGUCCUGCUUGUAAAAUAACCGCUCACACAAGUUGCAUCAGUAUCCUGAUAGAAAAGAAGUUCUACUGCAAACCAACAUUUAAAGAUGUUGGUAUUAGACAAUACAGAGAGCAAACUGUGAUUCAUCAUCACUGGGUGCACCGGCGACAGCAGAAAGGACGUUGUAAACAAUGUGGAAAGGCUUUCCAGUCCAAACUCUCAUUUGCCAGCAAGGAAAUCGUGGGUAUCAGUUGUUCGUGGUGUAAAACAGCCUAUCAUAAUAAGGAACAAUGUUUUAAUAUGCAAAAGCUCGAAGAACACUGCACUCUGGGAAUCCAUACCGACAUCAUCGUUCCUCCAUCUUGGAUAGUAAAACUUCCCCGGAAAGGAUCUUUUAAGUCUUCUCUGCGCAGGUCGCCGAAGAAAAGAGGAUCUACAAAGAGGAAAACCAAGAAAGAGAAUGAAAAAGAACAACCAAGAACGUUUGCAAUAAAACCAAUUCCCUCAGCAACAUCUAAACCAUUAAUUGUUUUCAUUAAUCCAAAAAGUGGUGGAAACCAAGGGUCCAAAUUAAUGCAUAAAUUCCAGUGGCUACUCAAUCCUCGACAGGUGUUUGACCUCACUCUAGGAGGUCCCAGUGCUGGACUGGAGUUAUAUCGAAAGGUUCCAAACCUACGGAUAUUAGCCUGUGGAGGGGACGGAACAGCAGGGUGGGUCCUAUCCGUUCUUGACGAGAUAGGCAUAAGCCCCUCUCCUCCUGUAGCAGUACUACCUCUAGGUACUGGGAACGACUUGGCUCGAGCAUUAGGCUGGGGUGGGGGUUAUACAGAUGAACCAAUUUCUAAGAUACUCUCUAAUAUUCAAGCUGGAGAUGUGGUUCAGCUAGACAGAUGGGACCUUCAGGUUGAGAAAAAUUUAGAUGUGGAUACAGCAGGUUGUGAAGAGGGGAAAGAUAACCUGCCGCUAAACGUCGUUAACAACUACUUUUCUUUGGGUGUCGAUGCUCACAUUGCUCUGGAGUUUCACGAGGCCAGAGAGGCUCGUCCAGAUAAGUUCAACAGCAGACUUAAAAACAAGAUGUUUUACGGACAGGCAGGAGGAAAAGAUUUACUACAAAGAAAGUGGAAAGACCUCUGCAACUUUGUGACUCUUGAGUGUGAUGGUCAGGAUUUGACACCAAGGUUGAAAGAACUUCGUAUUCAUGCUAUUUUAUUUCUAAAUAUUCCCAGUUAUGGUGGGGGAACACGGCCUUGGAUAAGCCCCGGGGCAGGUUUUGAACUUCAGAGAACAGAUGAUGGACUAAUAGAGAUCUUAGGUCUUACAACGUAUCAACUGCCCUUGCUCCAAGCAGGGGGCCAUGGAACUUGUCUUGCUCAGUGUCGACAUGCACGUAUUGUUACAACUCGUACAAUUCCUAUGCAAGUGGAUGGAGAACCCUGUAAAAUACUGCCCUCUAUAAUAGAGCUUCGUCUCCGUAACAAAGCGAGUAUGGUUGCCAAAGCAAAGAGACAUGGCGAUGUACAAUCAAUGCCUACCUUAGAGAAACUGACUGUCGAGGUCCGAAGACUCAGUAUGACAGAAUACGAGACAUACCAUUACGAUAAGGAAAAACUGAAUGAAAUUUCCGUACCUGUGGGAAAGUUAUGUGUAGAUCCUGAUACUUAUUUGGAACAGAUACGAGCUCGAAUUAAUGAACUACUAGAGCAAACAUCAGGAACCACACCAGAUGAUGAACCAUUAACUGAAAAUAGCAUGUGCCCGGAAUGGUGUUUUCUUGACUCCUGUACAGCAGAGCGAUUUUUUCGAAUUGAUCGAGCCCAGGAAAAUCUUUAUUACAUGGUGGACAUCUGUGCUGAUGAGUUGUUUAUUCUGUACCCUGAAGAUACAUCCCUUGUUGAAUCUAAUGGUCAAGAUAGCACAGAGUGCCUUGAAAACGAUGCCUCAACUGUUGCCCUUAAUGGAAGCGAACAAUCUAGCACCCCCAGUCCCAGUGGCCGUGAUGAAACUCUAUUUCCGAUGUUGCCUGAUGAACAUGAAGGUGUUACUACUGAAUGUUUGAAAGACAUUGAAAGUGCGUUAGAGAAAUCAUCAGAAGAUGUGAUAAUUGCAUCUAAAACAGGUGACUUACCACUGCUAAAGCAGUUACAGCAAUGUGGAUACAGCCUACUUUCAAUCGACCAGUAUGGAAUGACAGCCUUGCAUCAUGCUGCACGCUAUGGACACAAAGAUAUUGUUCGACAUCUUAUUGCUAACGCUUCUCCGGCCAUGUUGGACAUGGUAGAUAAUGAAAAAGGUCAAACGGCUCUUCACAAAGCAGCAGCUUACAAACGUCGCACAGUAUGCUAUCUAUUAGUAUCAGCAGGAGCUUCUCUAACAAAAGUUGACAAACAGGGGAUGACGCCGAAACAGUUAGCCAUGAAGGCUGGAGACGAUGCACUUGCGUCAUACCUAGAAAAUCAGCAACAUUUCCAGAUGCUAAUACGGGACAAAGAAACCGCAGUAUGACAGACACGUGCACUAGUGUGGAUUCUCCAAACACCAAAGAUUUCUGUCGUUUACGUCAGACAAUUGAACAAAUGUGCGGAUAAUUAAAUUAAAAAUGAAUACGUCGUGUUUUUAAACGCGUUUUUAACCUCUAGAUACAAGUGAUAUUUUGUUAUAACCAUCCCAACAGAUGAACCUCCUUUUCUAUAAAUCCGAGUCUUGUUAAGAGUGCAGUAUCCCUUAAGUAAGUCAGCAAUAGAGCAUAUAGCUUAUCCUAGGGUUGCACUAAAUAUUUGUAUCUAUUAUGAAUACUUUGAAUGUACAAGAGUACUUCAUACACUCGGGAGGAAAAAUUAAGGGUAUACACUCCCCUUUCCUCCAUAAAGUAUAAAUGUGUUAUUAUCUCAUGCCUCACAGCGUUAUUUCCAGCGGCUUUUAAUAGGAAAAAUUACAAAUUUAAAAAAAGUGUUUUGAUUAGAGAUAUCAGUUUUAUUUAAGACUAGUCAAAAACAGAGUAAAGGACUUAUAGGUCAAUUUUCUAGUGUGUCACUGUUAGAUAAGUAUUUCUUUAAAUCAAAUUUUUUCUGUUUCCUUGAGGUGUUGAAACACUACAACUUUUGAUAAAGGUUAUUCUUUAUGUUAAGUUAUUUCAUCUUCGCUUUUAUGACUUUUUUCAUUUCAUUACCAAACUGUGUAAACAGAUAUGUUCUUGAAAUAACUUAUGACAAAGAUGAUAUUAUUUAAACCAUUUUCAAUGAAAGAUUUUUUUGGCAAAUAUGUAAAGCUAGAGUAUUUAUUUCUAAUUGUACAAAUGUAAACGUAUUGUAGUUAAUAUAUUACAUUUCACAUUCAUUUAUAAAUUUGUGAAUUAGCUAAUUAAAAAUAGAAUAUCAACAUAAUGAAGAGUUCUUCAUUCAAAAGUAGUUUCUUUGAAACAUUUAUAGAAGUGACGAACCUCACUAGUAUCGUUUUUGUUAUUCUUUCACAUUUCUAUUUCAUGGACAUUCCUGAGAUAUCUAGUCGUACCCUUGCCUCAAUUGCAAGGUCUUUGUGAAGGAAUUCUGGAUCACUUUCUUUCUGAGAAUAUCAUUUCACAUAUUAGUUUCAUAAUCAUUUUUACCAUCAUUAUUAAUACGGCACGUGUAUUACAGUGAAUAUGUAUAUUUCGUAGAAAACAUCUAUUUUCAGCCAUAUUUUGUAUUUAGUAUCCACUGGGAAGAAAGUAACGUUGACAAUUAUCUUGUCAACAAUGAAUCCUAACAAAAAAUGGUUAAAAUUUGUAGGAGAAAUAAAAUUUUCAACAACGCUUCGCCUAGAUAAGUGGAUCUCAACAGAAAGAUUUUAACAAGUCCACAAGACUGUUGAAAAAGAAAUGCGUGUAUUAAAAUAUAGCUAAUGAAGUGUAUGGGUUUACAGUGUAACAUAAAAAUGAUUUAAGACGUUAAUAUUGUACGAAGCGUUUCAUGAAAUUUUGGGAUGGAACUAGCUGGUCUUCAGUGGGAGGAAGCUCGGAACCACUGAUCUAAAUGAUCUUUAUGGAGUCUUGAAGGUUGUUUAACCAAAAAGUUGACAUUUUCUCCCAAUUACAGUGUGUUUUUACCAUUUUUAUAAUUUCAUCACGUUAUAGGUACACCUUAUUAUAUUUACAAAUAGGAAAUCAAAAGUAUCACUUCUUGUGAUUUCCACGUUUUGAAGGCGUGGAUGAACUAGGCAUGUCUGAGAAAUAGCUAAUAUUUAAUCAUAAUGAACCUGUAUAGUGAGGCUUACAUAAAUAUUUUUGCACAUGCAUAAAAAACAACAACAACACAUUCCAUUACAUUAGCCGUUAGUGUGAUUUUGUUGUGUUAAGAGGUUGAGCUUCUCUAGUCCAGUGUUAUCCUGCAUCAUUCUCUAGUACUCGUAUCUUGUAAAUAUUCAAUAAAGUAAACCUAAGAGAUCCUUACGGUUUUUGUUCUUAAGUAAGCUGUAAACCGAGAUAUUCCUGUUACUGUUUGCUGUUUACCAUCACGUAAAGUAGAUUUAAAAAGGUGUGAAACACGUUGAUAGUUAAUUAAAGUAAACCUAAGAUAUCCUUGCAGUUUUUGUUCUUAAGUAAGCUGUAAACCGAGAUAUUCCUGUUACUGUUUGCUGUUUACCAUCACGUAAAGCAGGCUAAAAAAAAGAGUGAAACACAUUGAUGAUUAAUUAUUUUACUUCGUCGAAAAGGCCAAAGUAUUUUUAAUGUGUUCUACUUCAUAAACUAUUUUCAAUUAUAAGAUCGAAUACCACACAGGAUUUGCAGACUCCACUCUUUCCAUGUUUUGGUAAAACUGUGUAAGUAACACAUACUAGACAAAUCAAUAUCUAUUCUUAUUAUAUGUGUAUAUUAAUUCUACUCUACUCUAUCAAUUAUACUAUAAAUAUUACUAUAAAUAUCACCCUCGUUCUCUAAUAAGUAUAUUGAUUGAUUUAGAAUUGAAAUAAAUUGUCUGAGUGGUGUUGAUAAAGUAUUAUCAACUUUUAACACAGAAGGAAUAUAAGGAAAUACACAACAAAAUAUUUAUAAAACUCUCUUACACUAUAAUGAUUUUGACAUAUUUAGCAGUUUUACUGACGUUGGAAAUGCCAAAUGGUAUUGAGAUGUUAUGAAGUUAGAAUAUUAGUCUGGUUUCUGAGAGCGAACGUUUUAAAACAAUGGUGUGGGGCAGGAAGUUUACGGAAAAUGUAACUUUGACAAAAUAUAUCACUGAAGAAGAAUUUUUUUUUUCGCAAAUCAAAAUAAUGUUAAUGAGGCAAAUAAUUUUAAUGCGAUUCUUUCUUUUGUUUUGUUUUAUUUUGGUGAUUAAAGAACAAUUUCAACGUCACUCUCACACACUUUUAAACUACAGAGUUUAAUGAAAAUUCACAACAAUGAGUAAACUUACGAGGCUCAUUAAAAACUUUUUCCCAAAACUAUGCGAAAGUAGCAAUAGCUUACUGAAAGUUUAAUGUUUUCCUCAUCACUAAAAUUGCGAUAAAUAAGAAGCCCGGUCGAUUAUUACAUUUGCCACAUGUAGCAUAUCGCUCCUUUUUUGUAAAAUGUUACUCUCUGACAUGUAGCAAUUCUACGAAUAGAAUUGGUCUCUUGUAAUUUUGGUAAUAAGAAACACGUGCGUUUUUUUCAGUCUGUUUGUCGGUUGGAUAGCAUAUAGAAUUAUAUUUAUAACUUAAACAUUACUUAUUUUUCAAAUACUUGUACAAGUUUAAGUUAGAUGCGCUAAGUGAAAUGGCAGUUUAAACACACACAUUGCUGAAGAUUGCUAAUGAAUGAAAUGUUAUUUGCGAAAUAUUAUAAGGAAUAGUUUAAUGGUAAUGCUAAGAAAACCAUGAUACGAUCAUUAGUGGCAUAUUCUGAUGUUUUAUUGUUAUUUCUAGUCUGUAUAGAAUUUGAUAUUAUAAUUCACAUGCAAGAAUAUAUAAAAUUGAGAACUACUAAAUAACUAGUUUGCUAAGGUUGUAUUACAAAGUCUAUAGAUGAUGUAAGUAUAAUACAUUAUUUGAUGAGAAAAUAGAUAAUAUUUAUAGUCAAUAAGUAGUACUUCAAUGGUGAACAGUCAUGUAUCUAAACUCGUUUCGGGAUUUGCGCGUAAAACGUGGGUAACCGCUAUAUCUUAGAGGAGGAGGCAAAUUAUGUUUAGCAUAUUACCCAUAGACAUUGAAAAGCGACUGUGUACUUUGAUUGUUGACCUUUGAACUUGAAAUAUUUUAAUUUAUAAGUAUGUGUAUAUCCUAACUCUUAAGAGAUCAAAUGGUAUCGUAUAGCUUCUUUGUUUAAAUGUUUUUAUUAAACUUAAAAAACAUUCUAAACACUGUGUGUUCAGAUUAACAAACUUCUCUAUAAUAUGUAACUGUCUGAAAUAACUGAAAUUAUGUUAAUUUUUAUCCGUUGAAAAUUGUUAUUCGUUCUUUGUAUUAGACUGUAUUAUUAAAUCGCUCACAAUAAAUGUCAACAAAGCAUUAAAUUUAAAUGCCCAAGAGUUACAUAUAUUUCCAAUAAAUGUCAACAAAGCAUUAAAUUUAAAUGCCCAAGAGUUACAUAUAUUCCCAAAAUACUUGAACUCGGAUCUUACAAGUUGAUUGACAAAUCCUUCAAAGAACAGUGAUUAUUUGUGUUUUAGUAAAGUGCACCUUUUAUCAUGAAUAUGUGAAAUGCAAGUGCCUUUUUUCCUGUUCUUUAUUCUCAGACUAGUGAUAACAAAGCUCAUGAAAUAUGGAUAAGCUAACCAUUUCCAAUGACACUUAAGAAGUUAUUUCUAAUCGAUUUAGUUUUGAUCAGUUUGCUUUAUUGUUCGGAAUUAGGAGAAAUAGUGAAAUUAGUAAAUGGAAACUUUGGAGUUAUUUUUCAAUAUACUUUAGCUCAAACUAUAUAUAAUAGCCGACUAUCAUUUUGUACCAGUAUGAAGUAAGACAGCUCUACGUAUCACUUCAAAGUAACUGAAAAAAAAACCCAGAAGAGACGACCGUAGGCUUGAGCUUUUUCUGAACAAUAAAUUCUUUCU